UAAAGGCACAGACAGGAAAAUAUGUUGUGUAAGUAACUGUUUAUAAACGGUAUAUGAAGAUUCACAGCCAGAGGAAAAAGCCUGUGAGAGAAGAGACCAUCCGGUGCAGGAGACAGGAGGCUGUGAGCCACGUUCCUGCUCAGCCCAUGGGGAGCUCAUCACACCUCAUCCCUCCUCCGACCUCUGACCACCAGUGUGGACACUGCAACAUGGACAUGGGUGCUGCUGCGGGAAGACUGCAGUCUGCUGGGAGGACGUGGGCUCUGAGCUCUCGUGGCAUCUGCUACCUGGGCAUCGCUGCCAUUGCAUGGGGCACAGUGACACAGUUAGAGGUGGGUGCCUGGACAUACCACUACAGUGACCAAGGGGACUACACGUGGGAGCAGGCCAGGAACUACUGCCAGACCUUCUUCACCGACCUGGUGGCAAUCCAGAACAAGCAAGAGAUUGAGUACCUCAAUGAAACCCUGCCCUUCCAUGGGCGCUACUACUGGAUUGGCAUCCGCAAGCUGGGUGGCACCUGGACCUGGGUGGGCACCAGGAAGGCACUGACAAAGGAAGCAGAGAACUGGGCAGCCGGAGAGCCCAACAACCGCCGCUCCAACCAGGACUGUGUGGAGAUCUACAUCAAGCGGCAGCGUGAGUCGGGCAAGUGGAACGAUGAGCCCUGCAACCGGAGGAAAAAGGCACUGUGCUACCAGGCCUCCUGUCAGCCCUUCCCAUGCAGCCAGCACGGUGAGUGUGUGGAGACCAUCGGGAGCUACCGCUGUGAGUGCUACCCCGGCUUCCAUGGCCCUGAGUGCGAGGACGUUGUGCAGUGUGCCAAGCUCGAGCCCAUGGGAGUGCGCAUGAACUGCAGCCAUCCCUAUGGAGACUUCAGCUACAACUCUACCUGCGUGUUCGGGUGCCAGGAGGGGUUUGAGCGGAGAGGGGCAGGCACGCUGCGGUGCCUGGCUUCCCAGCAGUGGUCAGCAGAGACCCCCACCUGCACAGCCAUUGCCUGCCCCGUGCUCAGCGCUCCAGACCGAGGAGAGGUGAACUGCUCCCACCGCCACGGGGACUUCGCCUUUGGCUCUACGUGUGCCUUCUCCUGCCAGACAGGGUUUGCACUGAUGGGACCAGAGAGCCGCGAGUGCACGGCCACAGGAACAUGGACAGGGGAAGCCCCACACUGUGAAGCCAUCACCUGCCCAGUGCUCAGCGCUCCAGACCAGGGAGAGCUGAACUGCUCCCAUCUCCAUGGGGACUUCGCCUUUGGCUCCACAUGUGUCUUCUCCUGCCAGACGGGGUUUGAACUGACAGGACCAGAGAGCCGCGAGUGCACAGCCACAGGGACCUGGACUGGGGAGGCCCCACGAUGCAAAGCCAUUGCCUGCCCAGUGCUCAGUGCUCCAGACCAAGGAGAGGUGAACUGCUCCCACCACCAUGGGGACUUUGCCUUCGGCUCCACAUGUGCCUUCUCCUGCCAGACAGGGUUUGUGCUGAUGGGGCCAGAGAGCCGCGAGUGCACAGCCACAGGGACCUGGACUGGGGAUGCCCCACGCUGUGAAGCUGUCACCUGCCCGGUGCUCAAUGCUCCAGACCAAGGAAAGAUGAACUGUUCCCACCUCCAUGGGGGCUUUGCCUUUGGCUCCAUGUGCGCCUUCUCCUGCCAGAUGGGAUUUGUGCUGAUGGGGUCAGAGAGCCGCGAGUGCAUGGCCACAGGAACAUGGACUGAAGACUCCCCCCACUGUGAAGCCAUCACCUGCCCAGUGCUCAAUGCUCCAGACCGAGGAGAGGUGAACUGCUCCCACCGCCACGGGGACUUCGCCUUUGGCUCCACGUGUGCCUUCUCCUGCCAGACAGGGUUUGUACUGACAGGACCAGAGAGCCAUCAGUGCACAGCCACAGGGACCUGGACUGGGGAUGCCCCACGGUGUGAAGCCAUCACCUGCCCAGUGCUCAGCGCUCCAGACCAGGGAGAGCUGAACUGCUCCCAUCUCCAUGGGGACUUCGCCUUUGGCUCCACAUGUGUCUUCUCCUGCCGGACGGGGUUUGAACUGACAGGACCGGAGAGCCAUGAGUGCACAGCCACAGGGACCUGGACUGGGGAGGCCCCACGAUGCAAAGCCAUUGCCUGCCUGGUGCUCAGUGCUCCAGACCGAGGAGAGAUGAACUGCUCCCACCGCCACGGGGACUUCGCCUUUGGCUCCACGUGUGCCUUCUCCUGCCAGGCAGGGUUUGCACUGAUGGGGCCAGAGAGCCGCGAGUGCACGGCCACAGGGACCUGGACUGGGGAUGCCCCACAAUGCAAAGCCAUUGCCUGCCCGGUGCUCAGUGCUCCAGAGCGAGGAGGGCUGAACUGCUCCCACCGCCACGGGGACUUUGCCUUUGGCUCCACGUGUGCCUUCUCCUGCCAGACAGGGUUUGCACUGAUGGGACCAGAGAGCCGUGAGUGCACGGCCACAGGGAACUGGACUGGGGAUGCCCCACACUGUGAAGCUAUCAAGUGCUCAACACUGGCCACCCCCAAGAUGGGCCAGGCCGCCUGCUCCCACCUCCACGGGGACUUUGCCUUCGGCUCCAUGUGUGUCUUCUCCUGCCAGACAGGGUUUGUGCUGAUGGGGCCAGAGAGCCGCAAGUGCAUGGCCACAGGGACCUGGACUGGGGAUGCCCCACACUGCAAAGCCAUCAGCUGCCCAGUGCUGGACCCCCCCAGCAGAGGCCAGCUGAGCUGCUCUCACCUGCAUGGGAACUUCACAUACAACUCCACAUGCACGUUUUCCUGCGAGGAGGGGUUUGUUCGGAUGGGAGCAGAGGUGCUCCGGUGCACAGCCACAGGGAACUGGACCAGGCAUCCCCCAGUCUGUGCAGAGGAUGGUGCCCCCUUUUUAAAGCAAGUCCUGGCUUACAGCAGCGGCACAGCUCUGGCAGUAGCGGGCAUCGUGCUCUCAGGGACGCUCAUUGCCCUCCUCGCCAAGCGGCUCAGUGACAGAGACGAGAAGAAGAAGCUCCUGAACCCCACCAGUGACCUAGGAUCGCCUGGUGUUUUCACCAACGCAGCGUAUGAUGCCAACCUGUAAGCCUGGCCGCCACCGAACUGCACCGUGUCCCCCAGCGCCGCGGGCCGGGGCCCAGCGGGACCUCGCCCCCCCCGGCUGCAGUCCUGACCGAUGCUGCCGGCUGGAGACACCACCCACGCUGCCUGUACACCGCCACCGCCCGCACCCGGAGAGCGGAGCUGCCUCCCCGCACCGCCCACGUGCGAAGACCAACCCGGGGCCGCGGGCCGCCUCCGCCGCCUGCUGCCAGCCCCAGCCCCUUCCCCUCACGGACCUUCCCCCCGCGGCUCCGGCCCCCCAACUCGUGCUUGUGUCAGCUGGUCCUGAAUA